AUGCAACAGCGUCAGAGACUGAAGGCUGUUGGUAUUGAGAUUACUUGGGCUAUGUUCAUAUCGCAUUUUCGAGAGAAGUACUUCCCUAAAGACGUGCACAAUAAGAAGGAAAUCGAGUUCCUUGAGAUGAAACAAGGAAAUUCGAUAGUUGUAGAGUAUGUUGAUAAUUUUGAGGAGUCAGUGAAGUUUUGUCCAUACUAUAAUAAUGCGGCUGUUGAAAGGUCGAAGUCUAUCAAGUUUGAGAGUGGCUUGAGAUCCGAGAUUAAGAAGGGUAUUUGUUAUCGAGAGAUUCACCGACUUUCUAUGCUAGUGAAUAAGUGUAGAAUAUAUGAUGAGGAUAACAUAGUCCGACCUGCUCACUAUAAGAGUUUUAGUGGGAAGAAAGAGAAUGAUCAAACUCGUGAGAAACCAUAUAGUACUCUAGCUGACAAAGGGAAGCAAAAAGUUUAUCAGAAGGCUAUAGGUGGGAAAGAGCGAAGUGGGAGAGGGAAUCCUACUUCUAUGAGAUGUUUCAAACAUGGUGACUUUGGACAUCGUGCUCCUGAGUGCAAGAGCACAACUGUGAAUUGCUUCAAGUGUGGGAAGCCAGGUCACCGAGCUACUGGCUGUAGGAGUAAUAAUCUGACUUAA